AUGGGGAUGAGUGUCUGUCCGUGCCCCUGUCCGUGCCCAGGCCACGUGGUGGAGCUGGCGCGGGCACACGGGGCGCUGCUGGCGGCGCCGGAGCAUUGCUUCUACGGGGGCGGCCCGGGGCCGGGGGCGGGCCCCGACCUGCGCUUCCUCUUCAGCCAGCAGGCCCUGGCUGACGUGGCCACCUUCCAGCUCCAUGUCACGAGCGUGUGGGGCCUCAGCCCCAACCACACCUGGGUCUGCUUUGGGGGGUCCUACGCCGGCGCCCUCGCUGCCUGGGCGCGCCUCAAGUUUCCCCACCUGGUGUCUGCCGCCGUCGCCUCGUCCGCUCCCAUCCGGGCCCAGCUUGACUUCGCUGGAUACAACCACGUCGUAUCGGCCGCCCUCUCCAGCCCCACCGUGGGGGGGUCCCCGGAGUGCCUUUGGGCGGUGGCGGCGGCCUUCGCGGCGCUGGACGGGCGGUUGCGUGGCCGGCGCUGGGCGGGGGUGGCACGGGAUUUCUCCUGUUGCCGCCCCCCCCGGGAACCGGGGGACCGGGAGCUGCUGGCCGAGACCGUGGCCGACGUCUUCGCCGGGGCGGUGCAGUACAACGGCCGCCGUCCCGCCGACUCGGUGGCCGAGCUCUGCCGCGCCAUGACCGACGGCCGCCGCGGCUCCCCGUACCGCCGGCUCCUGGCUCUCAACAAGGUGCCAGGGGGUUUGGGUGGGGGGGGGGUCCUGGUACCCCACUGCACCCUCCUGCCCCCCUCCACCCUCCUGCGCCCCCCUUGCAGCCUCAUGCGCCCCACUGCACCCUAUGGCAUCCUUCUGCGCCCCUCUGCCUUCCUGCGGCGCAGGGGGCUGCCCUGCACCCCGACUUCGCGGCGGGAGGCCGUGCAGGAGCUGCAUCGCCCCACGGCUGGGGGCAGCCGCCGGCUCUGGCUCUUCCAGACCUGCACCGAGUUCGGCUUCUACCCCAGCUGCCGGGACGCCGCCUGCCCCUUCUCCCGCUUCCAGACUCUGCGGGCGCAGCUGAGCCUCUGCGCCGACGUCUUCGGCCUCGCCCCGGCACGUGUCCAGGCCGCCGUCGCCUUCACCAACGCCUUCUAUGGCGCCGCGCGCCCCGGCACCCACUGCGUCCUCUUCGUGAACGCGCGGGGGGGCGGCCGUUCGGGGGUGCUGAUCGCAGGGGGCUCCCACUGUGCCGACAUGGCCCCGCGCCCCGAGGACCCCCCGGCGCUGAGGGACGCCCGCCAGGCAUCCUGA